GCCUGGUUUAGUAGUCGACGCGCACCAAACCACGGCGCACGCGCCAAUGUUACCGCUACAACCUAUUUGGUUAACAUAGAGGUUGUAUAGGAACAUCUUAUAUAAAAAAUAAAAAGUAAAAAAAAAUCAAGCUGUCGAGUUCGAUUUUAAAUUUCGAAGCGAACGUGUUUGUAUUUUUUUUCGAAUUCCGCGCGUUUAUUUUGGCGGGAUUUCGUAGUGUUGCAAUUUGAAAAAAAUUGAGGUGACAAUUUCCAAGUGUUUUGCAGUCUUUGAAUAAUCAAAAAUGUUUCACGGAGGCAUUUGGACGAAGCUGCAAGGCUUUUACAAGUGGUAUGUGCUGGGGCUGGUGUCGAUCGGCUACAUCUUAGGAGAACUCGGACAUUAUCUUAUUGGUACAACAUCGAAAGUGACGGCAGAUGAUCUUCAUUACGGAGACAAAUCGUGCAUGCUGAACCUGACUGACGUCCAUCUAGUUGACCUGCCCGUUGUCUGCGAGAAGGUUAACUCUAGUGAAAUAUGCGAGACCCUCGUCCUGAACGGUACGCGGUACUGCGAGUGGGGCUACAACGGCCUGGGCAUAGACUACCAGGUGUUAGCUGGACCCGCCUUCAUGGCAGUCUUCACUGUCGUCGGAGUUAUCCUGGGCGUGGUCGCUGACAAAUUCAACAGAGCGCGAAUCCUAUCAUUCUGCACCCUCGUCUUCGUCAUCGCCAUCUUGCUUAUGGGAACUGUCAAGGAAUACUGGCAUCUCGUCGUCCUCCGUAUGAUAAUGGCUGCAGGAGAAUCCGGGUGCAACCCCCUAGCUACGGGCAUCCUGACAGACUUGUUCCCUGAGAAACAGAGGGCGUUGGCGCUGUCGAUCUUCAACUGGGGUAUUUAUGGGGGGUAUGGUAUUGCUUUCCCUGUGGGAAGGUAUAUACCUGAGGUUAAUGCUUGGGGAUUGAGCUGGCGAGUGUGUUACUACGGAGCGGGUAUCGUCGGACUGGUCAUCACUCUGUUCACCUUCCUCACUCUUCGCGAACCUUCCAGAACUACUAUUGGAGAAGAAGGCACCAACAAAGCCGGCGACAGUUCCCUCGAAUCAGCCGGCAAGAAGAUGCCUCAAGUGACCAUCUGGCACGUGAUCGCUCAGCCCAGAAUCAUUCUGUUGUGCCUCGCUGCCUCUAUCAGACAUUGUGGUGGUAUGUGCUUCGCUUACAACGCAGACCUGUACUACCGUGACUACUUCCCUGAUGUGGACCUAGGCUGGUGGCUGUUUGCUGUCACCGUCGGUAUCGGAUCCAUUGGCGUCGUGGCUGGAGGAGUUAUUUCUGACAAGUACGUAGAGAAGAUGGGUGUUCGUUCCCGCGUGUUGGUGCUGGCUUUAUCUCAGCUCAUCGCCACUCUGCCCGCGUUCGGCUCUGUGGUGUUCGGGCCUCUGUGGGCCAUGAUCACUCUUGCUAUUUCUUACUUCUUUGCUGAGAUGUGGUUCGGCAUCGUGUUCGCGAUCUUAGUAGAAAUAGUUCCGCUGUCAGUCCGCUCAACAACUGUGGGAGUGUUCCUCUUCGUGAUGAACAACGUUGGAGGAAACCUGCCCAUCCUGGUGGACCCCGUGUCCAAGAUCAUCGGCUACAGGGAGGCUAUCAUGAUCUUUUAUGCAGGAUUUUAUGGCAUCAGUAGCAUAAUGUUCUUCCUAACAAUGUUCCUGAUGGACGGUCCUAUCGAGAAGCCAGAAGUUACAGAAGAAUCCAACAAACCCAGUGGACUGGACAACAGAGCGUUCACUCAAGAUGAACUCCCGCCUAGAAGGGGAACAAGACCCGUGUCUAACGCAGCUAGUGAAAGACUGUAGGUCUUAUAGGUUUUAAACGAAUUUUACAAGCAAUGCUGUGGUGAUACGGUCAUGUUGUGAAUGAUGAAUGGUCAAACGCUGGGAUUUAAGCACCUUAGAAGGCUACAUCUACUGGUCUGUGGUAAGGUCUUUCAGAAAGACCAAAGACCCUUUCCAAUUUGUUAAGAUUGCUUAGAAGGCAUCUUUUAGAGUCGGAUUUUUGUUACACCGUUUUAACUAUGAAUUUGUUGUGGUAGACAGGGACAGGGAUACAUUUCGUAUAAAUAGUAUUCCAGGUAAGUUUGUGAAAAAAGAAAAGAUAGCAGUAGACAAGCAUACCACAAUGUCUUUUCAUAAAAGGGGUGCUUAACCCAAAACGGCGUGUAAGACAAGUUAUGAAUGUGAAUGAAUCAAAAGAAGUAUGGAAUAUUUUUCUAUAGGAUCUUCUGUGGGAAUAUGGCGUUUACAUGUAAAGACAAUAACAAAGAUAUGGUUUUUGGAAAGCAAGGCCGUAAUAGGAUAUAAAGUACAAAUGGGUGUGCAAUAUUUGAUACGAAAUGGCCUAACGACAACUCGAUUAUGGAAAAGUUAAAUAUGACAAAUUAUGCGUUCUUUCCAAAGUUGAUAAUUAUUUUUAAUAAUAAUUAGGAUAAAAUGUUUUUUAUUUCUUAAUAAUUAUUUUCUGGUAAAAAUCUUUCAAAUAUCCCAUUAUUAAAUAAUACAUACUUCUAUGAAAAUAUCUCAGGAAGUAUUUUUUAAUACUUUUUCAAUUUGAAAAGUCCGCCUAACCGCAAAAAUACAUUCAUGAGCGGCUGUGACUUGUGUUUUGAUACAAUUACAAUAUUUAUAACUUUAUUGAAAAGCCCAAACAUGACUCUUGCGAAAGCAUGUUCCUUUAGCGUUAGAAAACGACCCAUUUUUUGUACUAACAGUGUUUUAAAAAAGUCUUAUGACUGCUAGUAUCAAGAUUUUGGGUCCCGAAUUAGUAGUCUACAGAUUAUACCCAUCAAAGCAUAGAUUUCAAUCGAUUUUGUCUUUAUGACAUUAUUGUGUCGUAUGUUUGAGAAUCUCAAAUUGUGUUGGAUAAUUUGUAGGCUAUUAAUAUUCUUUAUAAUAUGCGUUGUUAGUACCAAUAAGAUAUGUCUGAGUGUUAAGUUUUAGUAUUAGUUGUUUUUAGUCUUAGCCCAGUGUCAUUAUUUGAAUACGCUCGGUAGCAAAAAAUCGGAUCAUAAGCUUCGCAAGUAUCAAAAAAUUUGAACUACUUAAAACAGUUCUUCAUUUCAAAUACUUGCCUUCAAGAUAUUAAUUUGUCUGUUUUUUCGCUGCCAAGGGUAUAUUUUAUUUAUUUUAAAACUACUGUUUCAAAACUCUGUCUGUAUCAUAGACAGUUAAUUACAAAAAAUCACAGAACUAUUGAGUUAAUUUGCAUUUAUUUCUUUCAUUAGAUAAAUGUUUUUUCCUUAGCCAUUGGUAGAAAACUGAUUCUAGUAAAUAGGAUCAUGUUUAUGACAAAAUAAGUACACCAAAGUUUUUAAAAUAUGAAAUAACAAACCAUAACUGUAUAAGUUGGCGCCAGGAUCAGCCGAAGUAACUAAUAAAGGAGGGAAACAUCUAAUAAAAACUUAACAUUCUAAUUUGAUGUCUCUGGGUAAAAAAAAUGAAAUGACUUUACUGAUUUGCUGUUUUUGGCGCCAAAUUAUAACUCUCUCAUGUUCAAAAACCCACUGAUUGUUCUACAAAAGUAAUAAAAAAUGAAAGCAGUUAUUAUGUGAUAAUGAUCUUUUGUACAUAUUUAUUUCGUAGUUAUGCGAUUAUUGUAAAUAAAUGUUUAAUGUUUUA